AUGCAUAACUUACUUAUUGCAAACACAGAGCAUUUGCAACAGAUUGAUAAGACGACUCAAAUGAGUUACAGUCGUGUCAUUUGCGGUGUCGUCGCGCUCUUUUCUGCAUGUGUUAACGGUUUGGAAAGUAACCAAAUGCUAAACUGAGAGUUAAAAACCUGUCAUUAUUUGUCACCUUCUAUGCCACUCCGAAUGGAUAUGGUUUUAAUAAUUCUCUUUUGUAGUUACUGGAGGCUUAUCUGUGAGUUAUGGUGAUAGAAACGUUAUUACAUUAGAGCGUGUUUUUUUUAAUGACUCAGCUCUUUUCCUUCGGUUCCAGACGCGCUUUUACGCACGCUGGAUAUUUGACUCCUCAGUCCACAGCACUGUAUGUCAACGCUCAGGAACCCACAUCAUUCUAUAAGAAGUGCCUGUGUGUCAGUCACUGUGAGCUCUGUUCUGGUCCGGGCGCAGGGAUGGACAGUUCGCUUGCAAAUCUGUUAUUUGUUUAAGUCUUCGUCCGCAGUCUCCCGUCGACCCGUCAUUCAUAUUCUGACUGUGGAAACUUUGUACUUGAACGCCGUCGUCACAUUUCGCUAUCAGGGAUAAAUCGCAGGGAAGUCAUGGCUUCGUGGACAUUCUUCGCGCUGUGCGUGUUGCUAUCGUUAGUUUGUCCGUCGGUGGGGACAGGGUUCGUUUAUCACUUUCCAAGCAUCACGGUGCAGCGGCAGCGCAUCAAGUCAGAACAGAGCGGCAGCGGUGGACCUCCAGGGACCCGGACCCAGCUCAGGAACUGGUGUCAGUACACUGUCUCCAGAACGGUGUCCUGUCAGGUCCAAAAUGGGACAGAAACCACUGUGCAGAGAGUGUUUCAGGGCUGUCGGUGGCCUGGACCCUGCGCCAAAGUCAUCAGCUACAGGAGCGUGCUCAGGCCGUCCUUCAGGGUCGCCUACAAACAAGUCACAGCACUGGAGUGGAGAUGUUGUCCAGGGUUUGUGGGAGACGAGUGUCGUGAAGAGUGUAUGAACUGCACCACCGUCACUGACAUGAACAGCAGGAUAAAUGCACUUGAAUCAAAGAUCAGGCUGUUAGAAGACCACCGCUCCCCUCUGCCCACCCUGCACACUUCACCUGACAGAUCCACUGACAACGAGGUGGACUCACCUGAACCCACUCCUGCUGCACUACCACCCUACCUGCCACCAGGAGGUAUAGGGCCACCAGGGCCCAUUGGACCUCCAGGGCCUCCUGGCUCUACAGGACCCGCAGGACCAGUAGGAAAACCAGGGUUCCCUGGACCUGUUGGACCAAAGGGAGACAGAGGUUUACCUGGAGAAGUUGGUCUUCCUGGUCCUCCAGGUCCACCUGGUCCUCCUGUGCUCAGCUCCAUUCCCGUCAGAGAGCGUGGUGAUGUCUUUCACGUGGACGACCAAGAGGAGUUUCCUGUCCAUUCAGCUCUCCCUAAUCCUGGGAUCAGCGCAGGGCCCCCUGGUCCAACAGGUCCCAUCGGCCCCCCAGGACCACAGGGACCCCCAGGUCUACCAGGGAUGCCAGGACAGGACGGUCAGGAAGGUCUCCAAGGAAAACCUGGGACUGCUGGGCCUAAAGGAGAUCCAGGGAACAGUGGUCUUCCUGGUGUACCAGGGGAGCAGGGCCUACCUGGAGCACCAGGGCCAAAGGGGGAGCCGGGGGCAGUCUCCAGUGAGGGAGAAGCAGUGCAGCAGCUGAGAGAGGCUCUGAAGAUCCUGGCUGAGAGAGUCCUGAUCCUGGAGCACAUGAUCGGCAUUCAUGACACGUCUGAAGGAUCAGGUUUCGGCAGCAUUUCGGACCUGCUGUCUUUCUCUACUAUUAAGAUCAAACGUCUUCAGCCCGUUCACGGUUCAACGCCGGGAGAGAAACAAACACAACGUUCCACCUGAACGUAGAGUCAGACAUGUUCAACACCUGUGUUCUUAAUCAGUUGGUUGUUGCAAUUUUAUUACCUUAACUGGAAACAGUUCUUUAUUUUAACUCUUGAAUUUAUUUUUUAAUGAUUUUUUUUAUUAGACUUUUGUUUGUCUUUAUUUUUUUUUUGUGAGAUGUUGAACAUUUCAUUCGCAAACAUUUUUAAUCCUGUUACUGAGUCAUCCAAAAAUGUGUCAUUUUUUAUAGCAGCUCUCCACGUUGUACGAUAAAAUACUGGUCUUAAACGCGGGGGUUUGCAGGCCGUAACAGGUCUGGGAGGGUACCGCCAUGGGGUCUUGAACUUUUGUUUGAUUAUUUUUUGUUUUUUUUUACAGUCACUGUACCUUGCACAUGUUUAAAAUAAAACCAUAAGUAUAUGAGCCUGUGUGUUUGAGAAGCUUAAGGUAAGGAAUUAAAUGCAAAAUGACAAGGUACAUUUAUACAUGGCUCUUAGCCCAGUUUAUUC